ACCGUCACCUCAGUAAUGUUGUAAGAGCCGUCCGAAAAUGUCGAAUCGUCCGGACGCGAUCGCGCGUCAUCGCCGUUCAAUCGCCGCCGUUUUUGUCGCUAUCUUUGCUGUAUGGUCAUCGGCCGUGAUAGGGUCCCAUAUUACGGCGGCAGCGGCCACUGCAACGGCCGUCGACAAUGACACAGAUGCAGGGCCCAGCACGAAGUCGAUGUCCGGAGUGCGCGUGAUAAGGGACGCGACGGCGGCCGCGGCCACAGUCACGCAGGUGGUCGACGGCACGGGCGGCGAACACAUCCAUCACCGUCAGUUCCUGGUAAUCGACGGCAACGGAUCGUGUCCCGUCACCACGAAUCAGACGGUCAGAGCGCAGCACCUGUUGGAAAACACGGCCGAUUCGAUCACCAAGUUCUUACCGUUCAUCAUGUCGUCCGGCCAGCAAACGCAGUGCUACAAGCAUACGGUCAUGUACCUGAAUGAUCUCAACGACUUCAAAUUGUGGGCCACCAAAAUGUUUGACGCAUCUGCAAAAUUUCUAUCGCCUGGUUGGAUGACCGGAAACACUUAUAACCUUGGAAAUUACGACGAGUGCGUUAACAUAGAAACGUUCAUAAACAGCGAAUACAUUCAGGGCCAAUACUGUUUGGCCGAAAUUGAAAUCAAUCCCUUGGUCAACGUCAAGUACAAGCCAACAAGUUAUACGCCAUACAACGAAUCAGCAUGGGGCACAGUUUUAGAAUUGGCUUUUGAUCCAAACAAAAGCAUGCGAAAUCGUAUCUACUUGGCGCAAUGUAUACCACACACUUGUUCUAGCAAAAACGUUUUUGAACACAUUGAAGGUAUUCUUAAAGAAUUCCCUCAAACCCAAGUAACAACAUCGGUGGGAGCCAUCAAGUGUCAAACCAAAAGCGUUGUGCCGUGGACUUUGGGAGCUUUUAUAUUUUUGACAAUUGUUGGGUUCUCUUUGGUUUUGACUUUCGUGAGCACUUGUUACGAUCUGUUCACGUCCAUGUCUUCGUUCGAAGAAUUCCAAUUUCCCGAAAAGUCUAAAAAGCACCAGAUCCUUCAGUCGUUUUCACUGUCGAGAAACGUACGCAAACUGCUGACUUUCCCGAAAACGUCGGACAAUCUUGAAUGCAUACAUGGUUUGAAGUUUAUAUCGACUUGCUUCAUUAUUGUCGGCCAUCGUUUUAUGUUUUCUUUGGGCGCACCUGUCAUGAACACCGAUUUUGUCGAAUCCUUUUACAGUAAACUCGAAGCCAUGGUCAUUCUCAACGGACCAAUUUUAGUAGACACGUUCUUCAUUAUAAGCGGCUUUCUCGCUUGUUAUUUGUUACUGGAACACAUUCAAAAGAACCCGAAAACUUUCCAGAUACCGCUCUUCUAUUUUCACCGCUACGUCAGGUUGACCCCCGUGUACGCCAUCGUCAUAGCGUUUUAUUGCACUAUCUUGAUCCGGGUCGGAUCCGGACCAUUGUGGGCGGAAAAAGUGGCCGCUGAAGUCGACCGGUGUCAAUUGAGUUGGUGGACCAACAUAUUGUACAUUAACAACUACAUAGGCUCGGACAAAUUGUGCAUGAUACAGUCCUGGUACAUUGCGUGUGACACCCACUUGUUCUUGACCGCGCCGAUCAUCGUCAGCUUGUUGUACCACAAACCCAAGUUGGGCAGAUUUGUGCUGCUCCUAAUAUUGGUCGUGUCGAUUGCCACCACGUUCUUCGUCACGUACUCGGGCAAACUGGACGCGUUCCUCUUGGUCCACAUCAAAAUACUCAGGGAUCCGAUUGCCAACAAAACUUUCCGAAACCUGUACAUACCCACGCACACAAGAGCCACGCCUUACUACAUCGGUAUGAUAACCGGGCUCGUGCGUCACAAAAUGAAGCACACGUCAUACAAAAUGAACAAAUACAUGGUAUGGAUCAAUUGGAUCUUGGCGAUAAUCCUCAUGUCCGGCACGCUGUUCUCCGCCUGGUGGUUUUACAAGCCGGAUUACACGUAUGACGCGUUCGUUGCCGCCCUGUACGGCGCUUUAUACCGGACAACGUGGGCAACUGGAGUGAGUUGGACGAUUAUAGCCGUGUCCACCGGUAACGGAAGUUUCAUCGAGCCGCUCUUGUGUUGGAAGCCAGUCAUAACGUUGAGUCGGUUGACCUAUUGCGCGUUCUUGUGUCACGGAGGUCUACAGCUAUACGCGACCGGAAGCAUCAGAGCGCCGUUCUACGCCUCGUGUUUUAACCUGGUUUGGUCGUGCAUGGGAGACAUAACAUUAUCGUUUUUGACGGCGUUUGGUUUGACAUUACUCUACGAAUCUCCAAUCCUUGGUCUAGCAAAAAUUGUUUUCAGUAAAGUUCCAGAAGACAAACCUCACUAUGAAAAAAAUAUUAAAACUGCUAAAAUCACAGACCUGAGAGAAAAAACAGAUAAACUGCAACAAGCCAAUGACAGGCCUUUGGUAUGAAAAAUAAUUUCUCUUCACUCGAAUUGUUUGUAAAAUUCUUAGUAGAUAUAAUAUUAUGUACUUAUUACUUAUAGGU